GGUGCAAGCCGCCCCGGGGCCGGGCUACCUUAAACCCGACAUCCGCCGGGCGCGGAGCCCUGCGCCGAGCUGCCGUCCCCGCCGUCCCGGUAAAGCUGUGCGGGGCAGCGGCCGCCUCCAGGCUUGCACCCCGAGGUCUCCUGCUUGCACCCCGAGUCCCCUGCUUGCACCCCACGGUCCCCUGCUUAUGCCCAGCAGUUCUCUGUUUGCACGCUGAGGUCCUCUGCUUGCACCCCAGGAUCCCUGGUGCGCCCCACAAUCUCCCGCUUGCACCCCAAGAUUCUUGCUUGCACCCCAAGGUCCCUUGCUUGCACCCCAAGGUCCCUUGCUUGCACCCCAAGGUCCCCUGCUUAUGCCCAGCAGUUCUCUGCUUGCACCCCGAGGUCCCCGCUCGUACCCUAAGGUCCCCUGCUCGCACCCUGAGGUCCCCCGCUUGCACCCGGAGGUCCCCGCCAGCCGCCGAACCCGAGCAGCCCCGAGGCAGCCGCUGGCCGCAGGUCCCUGUCCCUGGCAGAGGCAGGCUACGCCGAGGCUCGGCGGCUGCCGGCACCGCCAUGGAGUUCGCCGAGCUGAUCAAGACGGCGACAGUGGAGAGCGUGCUGCUGUCGUGCGCGGGGCUACCGGCGGUGAAGGGCACCCUGUGCAUCACCAGCCACCACCUGCUCCUCUCCUCCUGCCCCGGGGGGGACAGCCAGCCCGGUACCGUGGAGCUCUGGCUGCUCAUCCGCAACGUGGACGCCGUGGAGAAGAGGCUCGCCGGCUCCUCCGGCACCAUCACGCUCCGGUGCAAAGACCUGAAGGUGCUGCAGCUGGAGAUCCCGGGCAUGGAGGAGUGUCUCAACAUCGCCAGCUCCAUCGAGGCCCUCUCCUCGGUGGACUCCGUGAUGAUGAUGUACCCGUUCUUCUACAGACCCCAGAGCCUGAAGCUUGAGGAAGGAUGGAACCUUUUCCCCCUCGAGCAGUACUUCCAACAGAUCGCCUCGCAGACGAGCCAGUGGCGGCUGAGCAACGUGAACCGGGAUUUCACCACCUGCCCCACGUACCCUCCCGCCGUCAUCGUGCCGGCGGCGGUGGACGAUGAUGCCUUGCGGAAGGCUGCCCGUUUUCGGCAGGGCGGGCGAUUCCCCGUCCUCAGCUAUUACCACCCCAAGAAUGGCACCGUGAUGCUCCGCAGCAGCCAGCCGCUGACGGGCCCCAAUCGAAAGCGCUGCCGCGAGGACGAGAUGCUGCUGGGGACGGUCCUGGAUGAAGGGGAACGGGGCUUUAUCAUCGACACGCGGUCGGCCCAGGCGGCGAAGCAGGCUCGGAUGCGGGGGGGGGGCACGGAACCCAAGUCCUCCUACCCGCGGUGGAGGAGGCUGCACCGGCCCCUGGAGAGGGGCCGCCCGCUGCAGGAGAGCUUUAUUAAGCUGGUGGAAGCCUGCAACGACACUUCCAUCAACAUGGACCGGUGGCUGAGCCGGCUGGAGAGCUGCCGCUGGCUGAGCCACGUCAAGGCAGCCCUGAGCACAGCCUGCCUGGCCGCACAGUGCAUGGACAGGGAGGAGGCCAGUGUGCUGGUGCACGGGGCGGAGGGAACGGACACCACGCUGCUGGUGACGGCGCUGGCCCAGGUGAUCCUGGACCCGUCCUGCCGCACGCUGGUGGGCUUCCAGGGGCUGCUGGAGCGGGAGUGGAUCGAGGCUGGCCAUCCCUUCCACCUCCGCUGCGCCCGCUCUGCCUACUCCCAUGCCCGGCUGAAGCAGGAGGCACCGCUUUUUCUCCUCUUUCUUGACUGCGUGUGGCAGCUGAGCCGCCAGUUCCCCUUCUCCCUGGAGUUUGGGGAGCACCUCCUCCUCACCCUCUUCGACAACGCCUAUGCUUCUGACUACGGCACCUUCCUCUGCAACAACGAGAAAGAGAGGUGCCUGUGUAAAGUGAAGGAGAGCACGCACUCCCUCUGGGCUUGGCUGAACCAGCCUGGGGAGAAGAAGAAGUACCUGAACCCUCUCUACUCGCACAACGCCCUGGUCAUCUGGCCCUCCGUCGAGCCCCAGAGCAUCCAGCUCUGGCAGGGUUUAUUCUUCCGAUGGAUCCGUUCAUCCCAGUACCUGGACGAGGCCUGGGCAGAGAUCGAGCGGUUAGUAGAGGGCAACAAACCCCCUGUCAAGGAGAGUGCAGGGAACAGGCUGAGCCGGUCCCUCUCCGACCCCGCUGCCCGGACAGAGAACGAAAGAUGAACGGCAGCACGGGCAAUUCGGUCCCCGCGGGCUGCCGGCCCAAGGUGAUGCUGCAGCUUUCCGUGGGAAGCGCUGUGCAGGACACAGGCCCCACCGAGCCCGGAGGACAGCUCUGGUGGUGCGGACACAGACUCCCUUUCACAGCCUCUGGGCUGCGCAGACUGAGCUUGUUUCAGUAAAGUGCUCUCUCUCGCAGCCCAAGCCUGCUUUUCUGCUCUUACAUACGGGCAGAAGCAGCCCCGCUCCCUCGCAAGCGAGGGUCCUUCCCGCUCUCUUUCCCAGCGGGAUUUCAGCAGCAGCGGCGGUGCAGAAGGGCAGGAGGCAGGGGGAGGUCGAUGUGCCCAGCAGCAUUGGCCUCCAGCAGCUCCCACCGCGGCGUGCCUGGCUCGCAGCCCCUGCCCAGCUGCCAGACGCAGUCAGCAGAGCAAGAACUAAGCAGCAGAACACACUAAACCCCCAAGACCCUCUCCACAAAGGGCACACUGGUCGCCCAUGUUGCGUUAGUUGCUCCUAGCUGGGAGCCAGGCUGGGAAAUCUGCCCUUGAACCCAGUUUUGAGGAAGGAAAGAGAUACAAACCACCCCUCCAGACAGACAGACACAGGGUGAGAGGGCUGGAAGGAUGAGGAUUUGCAACACAAGCAUGCUAGUGCAGGAAAUAACUGUUCCAUGAGGAAAGUUGGCUCAGGGUCAGUCUAGCAAAUAAACAAAGCACCAGAA